GAAGCAAAAUCUGGGAACACAUCCGAUGGCACUGACGGAGGAGACUAGUAAUGGGAAAAAGAGGGACAGUACGCAAUUGGAGAAUGAGAAUCCAAAAGAAUUCAGGUCUAUCUCGGAUGUGUGCCCGGUUCAGUCCCAAGUUCCCUUGCUCAAAAAGAAGUUCGAGGGGAAAGAUGGCCUCGCAUAUGCCAACAUCCUUAGGUCACGAAACAAAUUUGCAGACGCUCAAGUUUUGUAUGAAAAUAUCAUCGAGAAUGAUAGCACCAAUGUGGAAGCCCUUAUAGGCAAGGGGAUUUGUCUCCAAAUGCAGAAUCACUUACGGCAAGCAUUUGCUUGUUUUGUGGAAUCAAUUAGACUUGAUCCACAGAAUGCAUGUGCCCUCACUCAUUGUGGAGUUAUUUAUAAGGAUGAAGGUCACCUGUUGGAGGCUGCCGAGUCAUAUCAGAAGGCUCUAAAGGCAGAUCCCUCAUAUAAACUGGCUGCAGAGUGCCUUGCUAUUGUUUUGACAGAUCUUGGAACAAGCUUAAAACUUGCUGGUAACACAGAUGAAGGAAUUCAGAAGUAUUUUGACGCUCUUAAAGUGGACGGUCACUAUGCUCCUGCAUAUUAUAACCUUGGAGUUGUGUACUCUGAGAUGAUGCAAUAUGACUUGGCUCUUGGCUGCUAUGAGAAGGCUGUUGUAGAGAGGCCUCUAUAUGCAGAAGCAUACUGCAACAUGGGAGUCAUUUAUAAAAACAGAGGCGACCUGGAGGCUGCCAUCGCUUGCUAUGAAAGGUGCUUGACCGUGUCUCCAAACUUUGAGAUUGCCAAGAAUAACAUGGCAAUAGCUUUGACAGAUCUUGGAACAAAGGUAAAACUUGAGGGUGAUAUAAACCAAGGUGUGGCAUAUUACAAGAAAGCUUUAUAUUACAACUGGCACUAUGCUGAUGCAAUGUAUAAUCUUGGUGUUGCAUAUGGUGAAAUGCUGAAGUUUGACAUGGCAAUUGUGUUUUAUGAACUUGCAUUACACUUCAAUCCUCAUUGCGCGGAGGCUUGCAACAACUUAGGAGUUAUCUAUAAGGACAGGGAUAAUCUGGACAAAGCUGUGGAGUGUUAUCAGAUGGCCUUAUCAAUCAAACCAAACUUCUCCCAAUCGCUAAACAAUCUUGGUGUGGUUUUUACUGUUCAGGGUAAAAUGGAUGCUGCUGCCAGCAUGAUUGAGAAAGCCAUUAUUGCAAAUCCAACUUAUGCAGAAGCGUACAAUAACUUAGGGGUUCUUUACAGAGAUGUGGGCAAUAUUUCUCUGGCGAUUGAAGCAUAUGAGAGGUGCCUCCAGAUAGAUCCUGAUUCACGUAAUGCGGGCCAGAAUCGUUUGCUUGCGAUGAACUACAUAGAUGAGGGUUUGGAUGAUAGACUUUUUGAGGCUCAUAGGGAAUGGGGACGGCGCUUUAUGAAUCUAUAUCCGCAAUACACCAGUUGGGAUAAUCCAAAAGACAUGGAGCGACCACUAGUAGUUGGAUAUGUGUCUCCUGAUUAUUUUACCCACUCUGUUUCAUACUUCAUUGAAGCACCUCUUUCACACCAUAACUAUGCAAAUUACAAGGUGGUUGUGUACUCUGCUGUUGUGAAGGCAGAUGCUAAGACUCUUAAAUUUAAAGAUAGGGUUCUGAAAAAGGGUGGGCUAUGGAGAGAUAUAUAUGGUGUUGAUGAGAGGAAAGUUGCUAGCAUGGUUAGAGAUGAUAAAAUUGAUAUAUUGGUGGAGCUUACUGGUCACACUGCAAACAAUAAAUUGGGGAUGAUGGCAUGUCGACCUGCUCCUGUCCAGGUUACUUGGAUUGGUUAUCCAAAUACAACUGGUUUGCCUACAAUUGACUACCGAAUGACAGAUGGAUUAGUUGAUCCACCAAAUACAAGGCAGAAGAACGUUGAGGAACUAGUUCGUCUGCCAGAAUGUUUUCUUUGUUAUACUCCUUCUCCUGAAGCUGGUCCUGUUUCACCAACACCAGCUCUUUCCAAUGGCUUUAUCACUUUUGGAAGCUUUAAUAAUUUGGCCAAGAUAACACCAAAUGUAUUGCGAGUCUGGGCAACUAUACUCUGUGCGGUUCCAAAUUCCAGACUUGUUGUCAAGUGUAAGCCCUUCUGUUGCGAUAGUGUAAGACAGAGGUUUCUUUCAACCUUGGAGCAGAUGGGGCUGGAAUCUUUACGUGUUGAUUUAUUGCCUCUUAUUCUUUUUAACCAUGACCAUAUGCAAGCAUAUUCCCUGAUGGAUAUCAGCUUGGAUACAUUUCCAUAUGCUGGAACAACUACCACAUGCGAGUCAUUAUACAUGGGGGUUCCAUGUGUCACAAUGGCAGGUUCUGUACAUGCUCAUAAUGUCGGUGUCAGCCUUCUAACUAAAGUUGGUUUGGGGCGCCUGGUUGCCAAAACAGAAGAGGAAUAUGUUAAGUUAGCAUUACAACUGGCUUCUGAUGUCUCGGCUCUGGGGGAGCUAAGAAUGACACUACGAGAACUUAUGUCGAAGUCUCCAGUUUGUGAUGGAGCAAAGUUUACACAAGGACUGGAGUCUACAUACAGAAAUAUGUGGCAUAGGUAUUGCCGUGGUGAUGUACCGGCCACCAGGCACAUAGAAUCCCUGAAAGAUCAACCACCACUGUCUGACAAGAUCUUGGUGAGGUUUUCUGAACACAAAACAAGCAAUGUUCCAGAACAGAAUCACCAGGUGCAAACAAAGAUGAAUGGUGUUACCCCAAAUCUCUCAUUGACCCCAAACAAUGCCAGCUGUGAGGCAAAUGGUAAUUGCUGAGACACAUCGUGGAGAGCAAGGUGCAUCUUGAUUUGCUUGAGCGGUACUACACUGGAAGCCGGCACUUGCCGUUGCAAAGCAAAAUACAUGUGAAUCAAUUGUGUUCUAUUUUGGCCACAUUUGGCGUCUAUGGGUACCUGUAAGUCAAUUCUCCAGUCAUGUCGGAAUAACACAGGCUAAUUAGGUGAGAUGGCAGCAUUCUUUGGAAGGAUCGGAGCAGCUGCUUUGAAUCUCUCUCUCUCUCUCCCUCUCUCUCCCUCUUCCCUCUGUGGAAGGUAGAAGAACCUGGGCCGGGGAUAGUGCCAUGGCUGAAGGUUGAUGAUUGUAACAAUGGCAUGUCUAAAAUGGAAAAAAAUGAAUCAUACCAGAUUUGUAAAUUCGUAUGUAGACAGAAACCCAUUUGUGGGAAUGAAUUAUUUGGGGAGCCCCUCUUGGCGAUAGGUAGCGUUGCUGAAUAGUGGGUGAGUGCUAUGGGGAGCUCAUAAACUUGGUGAAGCAUCUUCGUUACAAAGUUGCUUAACUAUUUGUAAGUUAAACUAUUUUUCUUCUUUACAAGCAAACUCAGUCUUUAUUAGCAUUUUUCA